CCCUCGUCAAUCAUUCAACAAGAUGGCCUGCGUGAAGUGAGGUGCGCGAUGUAAUCGUGGGUCUUGCUCUUUCAAACACGCCAAAAUGUCGAAGAGAGGACGUGGUGGAUCAGCUGGAGCCAAGUUCAGGAUAUCCCUGGGUCUCCCUGUGGGUGCUGUUAUCAAUUGUGCUGACAACACAGGUGCCAAGAACCUCUAUGUUAUUGCUGUUCAGGGCAUCAAGGGACGACUUAAUCGUCUCCCUGCUGCUGGAUCAGGCGACAUGAUUGUUGCUACUGUCAAGAAGGGAAAGCCUGAGCUCAGGAAAAAGGUUAUGCCAGCGGUGGUCAUUCGUCAGCGCAAGCCUUUCCGCAGGAAGGACGGUGUCUUCAUCUACUUCGAGGACAAUGCAGGUGUCAUUGUUAACAAUAAAGGAGAAAUGAAGGGAUCAGCUAUCACUGGACCUGUUGCCAAGGAGUGUGCGGACUUGUGGCCAAGAAUUGCAUCCAAUGCCAGUAGUAUUGCGUAAUUAGCCACCAAAUCUGUAACACCCUAUUUUUCUCCACAAUAAAAUUCGGAAUUAAAAAAAAAAAACAAUGCCACCGAUUUUGUUUUAUCAACAAAUCUUUAUUCUCUCUUCAACUUGAAUCAUUUAAGCUGAUUCAUUACCUUAGGAAAUUAGCGACGGAUGACGAAUUAAUUUUAUAAUUAUAAAUUGCAAUCAUUAGAUUCGUGGUAUCAUGAUCAACUUUUAAUCAGUUGUCAAAGGCAGUCAAAUCAGUGAAUUCAUCCUGACAAUAGCGAAUUAUCGCCUCAAGAUUUAUGAAUUAACUAGUGAAUUUAUUCAUUAGCUUUCGCCUCGUUCUCUCUUUCUCAGAAAUGACAAAUCAAAUGCUUUCAUCGUGAUGGAAAAA